AUGACUUCCAAACGCCUUGGCUUCUUCACUGGAAGUGUUGAGUUAGGAGACAAAAUAAGUACUUUGAAGACACCACCAAAGGUCUGUCAACACUGGCUAUCUGGAAAUUGUGUGAAAGGUGAUAACUGUCAGUUUAUACAUUCAUGGUUUUGCGGGAAUGGGAUCUCAAUGCUAGCAAAGCUUUGGCACAAGAAGUAUGCUUGUGAUCAUGGGAUUGCCCUUCCUUUAGGGUCAGACAAGCUUUAUUCAGGCAGUAGAGAUGGAAUAGUAAGACUUUGGGACUGUCAUACUGGUCAAUGUGCUGGUGUAAUCAAUCUGGGUGAUGAAGUUGGCUGUUUGAUUUGUGAGGGGCCAUGGGUCUUUAUAGGCAUGCCCAAUGCUGUUAAGGCAUGGAACAUUGAGUCAUCGGCUGAAUUUAGCCUUAAUGAACCAGUCGGCCAAGUCUAUUGCAUGGUUAUUGCUAAUGAAAUGUUGUUUGCUGGGGCACAGGAUGGUGGUAUUUUGGCAUGGAAAGGUAGUCCUGGAUCUGAAAAUCCUUUUCAUCUGGCUGGAUCUCUAAGAGGCCACUCUCACGUUGUGACAUGUUUAACUGUUGGGGGCAAAAUGCUGUACUCUGGUUCCAUGGACAAUACAAUAAGGGUUUGGGACGUUGAUACUUUACAGUCUGUUAUGACACUAGACGGCCAUACUGAUGCUCCAAUGUCUCUUCUAUGUUGGGAUCAGUAUCUGUUAUCCUGUUCUUUGGACCGGACGAUAAAAGUUUGGGUUGCUGCAGAAGGAGGCAACUUGGAAGUAACCUAUACUCAUAACGAAGAACACGGUGUGCUUGUGCUUUCUGGGAUGAAUGAUGCAGAUGGACAACCAGUAUUGCUUUGUGCUUGUAAUGACAAUUCUACUCGCCUCUAUGAGUUGCCAUCGUUCACUGAAAGGGGCCGGAUAUUUUCAAAACGUGAAGUGAGAGAAAUUCAGAUAGGUCCUGAUGGCCUCUUUUUCACUGGUGAUGGAACUGGGAUGUUAAGCGUGUGGAAGUUGUUGGCAAAGUCGAGUGGUGUGGCUGAGCGAUUAUAAUUUGUACGAAGAAGUUGCCUUGUAAAUUGUGGAUCAUUCUUUUUCGGCUUUGUAUAUAGGAGGGGGUAGAGAUCACCACCAUGGGGUCAUAUCUGAAACCAGCAUAACAUAUGGUUUUUGAUCCCAGCAAAGCUUGUUUAAGUCUUGGUAGAAUUCUAUUAUUUAUGCUGAAUAAAAUUUCUCGUAGAUUUUGCUUUGUGUUUC